CGUCAUUCGUUCUGGCUGUAUCCAGAGCUGAAAUCGGUCUUUCGGCCUUUCCAGCUGAGUCCGCCGCCAGCGCAGCGCCUGCCCGACACCCUCAACACAAUCCGGCACCAUGAUCAUCUACAAGGACCUCAUCACCGGAGACGAGAUGUUCUCGGACAUCUACAAAAUCAAAGAGUCGGAGAACGGAAUGAUGAUCGAAGUCGAGGGAAAGAUGAUCAGCAGAGCGGAGGGAGACAUCGAUGAUGCGCUAAUUGGUGGUAACGCGUCAGCAGAAGUCUUGGAUGAGGGCUGUGAGAGUACGACGGUCAGUGGUGUUGACAUCGUCCUCAACCACAAACUGCAGGAGACCAGCUACGACAAGAAGUCCUACACAUCCUACAUCAAGGACUACAUGAAGGCAGUUAAGGCUAAACUGCAGGAAACGGCUCCUGACCGGGUAGAACCCUUCAUGGCUAACGCACCAGCUGAGGUCAAGAAAAUCCUAGCCAACAUCAAGAACUAUCAGUUUUUCACAGGAGAAUCCAUGAACCCGGAUGGCGCUAUCGGUCUGCUUGACUUCCGUGAGGACGGCCAGACACCCUUCAUGCUCUUCUUCAAAGACGGUCUUGAGAUUGAGAAAUGUUAAAUUCCUCUGCGCGUGUCCUGAAGUGCCUCCCCCCAUCGGUAGCAGACAUCAGCUCGGUGGCUGUGAGGGCUUGCGGAUCAAUUGGAUCACUCAUUCCUCCCAACUUCAUCAGAAUCGGAACCAGAAGCUCUUUUUAACCCCCUUCCCCCCCUUUUGAGGCCACAACUUUGAUUUCAGUGUCUGUCCAUCUAGAAGACUUGAGGCCCUGCUAUGAAUCAACAUUCUUUAGGGGGAGAACAGUAUUUUUAGUGAGCUGAAAUCAUGCGGAGAGCUUGCGCUAAAAAGAAAAGAUGCAGCUCACUAGGGUUUUUUGUUUCCUUUUUUAAUUAGUUCUCACAUUGGUGAAGUUGACUGCCUGAGUAUUGGUUUGCUGUGUGCAUGUCAGCUCUCAGACAGCAGUUGUACAGUUAUUCUCCCAUGUCCUUUCUCGAAUCACAGGAUUGUAUAGGAUUUCUUGGCACUAUUUGUGAAAUAAAAUAAAGUCAAGCUGCUGACUAAACAUCA